UAUUAAUUUAAUAUGCGGGUACAGAUUUUUAGUUUUACUUUGGUUCCAGAGAUGGUGAGAAACUACAAAAAGACUUCCUCUAGAGGAGAGUGGGAAAAAACCAACAUGGAUACUGCUUUCACAGAGGUCAAGGAGGGAAGAAUGACUUGCUUGGGAGCAGCGAGAACUUACAAUGUUCCAGAGGCAACACUUCGACGCCGACUGAAAAAGAACGUUUCGGAUAUGCCUGUCCAUGGAGGAAGAUAUAGAGAAGUAUUCAAUGAAGAGCAGCUCCAAGAUUUACACAACUAUUUGACGGCAGUGAAGUUAGAUGUCCUGGGUGUGAAGAAAAAAUACUCCGAUCCUCCAGUUGAAGAGUGGAUCCAGUGUUCCAAGUGCAGUGAAUGGUGGCACGAGAAUUGUACAAGCUACGAAGGUGGGGAAUUUGUUUGUGACUACUGCUAG